GUGAAAGGAAAGACAUAAUUACAACAUGAUACAAGGAAGAAAGUAAACAACAAGCAUCCGAUUCUAGAUCAACAGGAAAUUUUAUAGAUGUAAGAAAUGUGAAAUCAAGAGAAUUUAUGUACGUACACGAAUAUUUGGGAAAGUGUUCCGACAGUGUUUGUCAAAUACGGUUCCCUGACGGUACUGGUACGGGAUUUAGGGUAGGCAGCAAGAACGUAAUGACGGCAUUCCACGUUGUGCAAGGAAUUAUUGAUACUGUUUAUCAGAGCGUUGAAUCUGACCAAAAUCCACUGAACGCUUUACAAGAUGGCAACGUGUAUUGUAUAUUCAAACAUUUGAAAAGGCUUAGUGAAAAGAAAUGGCGCUUUUCCUUUAAACCACUGAUGCUCUUUCGCAAUGAGGAAACAGACACAGCCGUGUUGGAGCUAGCGGAACAUUCUGAUGGAAAUCCUUUCCCACCACCAUUUGAGCGCUUUGGUUUUCCAAAUUUUAGCGGUUCUUUUUAUUUAAUAGGUCAUGAAGGAGGAGUUAUGGAGUCUGACAAGGUUGACAAACUUAUCGAUAGGUCAGAUCCUACAACAUUAGAGGAGUUCACAAGGGCGAAAGCACUGAAUAAUGAACGAACAGAUAAAAACUAUGAGUUCCCGCCAAACAGCACUCUCUCGAGCGAAAAUAGAAUUUUGUUUCAUUACCUUUUCAGAAAGGGCGCAUCUGGUAGCCCAGGGGUGCUUGUAAUGGAAAAUGGAGAUAUUGUAGUGGUUACACAUUUGUUAUGUGGUUAUCCAAACUGGCGCUACGAUAAGAAUAUUGACGAUCAAUUAAAAUCAAACUGGCCGAAUGAAUUAUGCUUUGAACAAGGGGCUGAUAUGAUAAAAGUUGGAAAUUUUAUGCGUGAAGAAAAUGAUCAGUUAUACCAUGACAUAUUUUGCAGACAACUUCCUUCACCUGCUCUUUAAUUAUAGUCAAUCACAUAUACGGUAUCACAUUUAUAGCAAGGGGCGUCUAUAGCCGAGGGGUUAAGCUCGGUGUCUUCAACCACUUGCCCUUAUCGCUGUGGGUUCGAAUCCCGUCAGGGACUUUGUAUUCUUUCAUGUGACAAAGAUUUCUAGGUAGCUUACGGAACGUCGGUUGUUCUACUCAGGUGCCUGUCGUACUUGAAAUAAUGCAUGGUAGGGCACCUGAGGCCUUCCUACACCAUUACUAAGCUGUAACAUCGCCAUAUGACCUUUACUGUGUCGGUGUGACAAAAAAACACUUUAAAAUAUUCAUAGUAAAAUGCAAUAUAAUUAUAUUUGGCUUGUUUUAUGACCAUAUAACUGAUGAAAUAAGUGAAUUUUGUUCUAUGAAUGUAACAAAAUAUCUCUGGAACGUAUUAAUACAGUGGAAAGAAAGAGUUCAAAGUGCAGAUGAUUUCAUUACUGUUAAUGAAAGAGUUGCUUUGUUAUACAAAAAAAUGUAUAUAGAUAUUAGACAUCGUUCGUGGAUGGUUAACAUGAAAGAUCCAUUAAUGAUUACAAUAUGGAAUAAACACGAAUAAGAAAUCAGAAUGCACAGACCUAUUAGAACAUUUUAUUAACAUGAACAAUUAAAUGAGCCGCGCCAUGACAAAACCAACAUAAUGCGUUUGCGACCGGAAUGGAUCCAGACCAGCCUGCGCAUCCGCACAGUCUGAUCUGGAUCCAUGCUGUUCGCUUACAAACCCUUUAACAAAUAGAGAAACUGAUAGCGAACAGCAUGCCUGCUAAACUGUUCAAAGAAAUGCAUACAUGUGAUCGGGACGAUCGAGUUGAUCUGAUCGGCGUUGAGAACAUAGCAUUACACAUGGUUUUGGUCACGUUAUAACAUGGACAAAAGAGGGAAAAAUAGCCUAUUCUAUGCAAAAAACAUUAACCAAUUGUCAAUAAGUUAAUCAAUGUUAAGAUUUCUUAUACAUUGUACAUGUAUCGUCUUUGCAUAACAUAAAUCCUGAUUCUGGACGAACAUUUUAUUAUUAAAUAUGCCGAGUCAACAAUAACCUUCAACUAAUAUUUAAGAUAUUGAAUUAAAUCAAUUUCUAUAAAGCCGUUGGAAUUGUAAAAAUAAAUGGAAUCAGAAUUAUAUCAUAUUUCAAAAAUGUGUUAACAAAAAUAAUAAAACAUUAUUUUGUCAGUCUACUGAUCUUUUUCGCUUGACGUGAAAAUAUUUCAUAUUUAUAUAAUAUAUAUCCUUUAGCUUUAGAAAACAAAAUACUCCUUAAAAUACCAUUCGCCCAUUUGAACCACUAAAACUGUUCUGAAGUCAUCAAGUGGUUAAGAAUAUAUAUUUUGGUCACUUUCGAUGCAUGUGCUACGUUAUGAAUUCAAGCUAUUUAUGUACAUUCGAACUCUCUCCGCUGCAACAUCUCUGUUAGACAGCAGACUUAGUUAUGUAUAGCACAUCAUUCUUGUGGCGUUAAAACCUCUUCCAUUCAAAAGGGUAUUGUUGUACAUUUCCUCUCUCCUUUCUGAAUAUGAUAUUAAAAAUCCCUCCGUAUAGUUGUAAUAUUGCUGAUAAAAUAUG